AUGGAUGAUCAAUCGUCGUCAAUAGUGGAAGACUAUGCCCAGAGCUUGACCGAGCUCACCUUCAAUUCCCGCCCCAUCAUCGAUAACCUCACCACCAUCGCCCGCGAAAACCCGCUGGCCGCUGAAGGUAUCAUUGACGCCAUCACAAAAAGAAUCUACAAGUGUAUACCUGACCACAAACUCUUUGCAUUGUUCUUGCUUGACUCCGUGUGCAAGUAUGCCGGGAACUCGUACAAUAUCUUGGUAGGGGAGGACAUCUUCCAUCUUUACUCCCAUGUCUUUCAGUACUCAUCGGAGCAGAACCGUAAGACCAAGUUAAUAUCGUUGUUUGAAACGUGGAAAGUCACCAAAACCAAGGGAACCAACUUCCCGUUGUUUCCCAGCGAGCAGCUCGAAAAGAUCGAGACCUUCUUGAACAAAGCAGGCUACCUUCGCCAGAAAAGCAAUAGUCCCUCUAACGACUUGUCUGUGAAACAAUUGAUUGGCGACAUCGAUAGACUUCUUCCCAUUUUCCAGAACAAAAUGGCUCACAGCUCCAAUCAAAAGCUUCAUGAUCGUUUCAAGGCCUUGACUCAAUUAAAGGCAUUGUUGGGCACCCAGGCCAUGACCCAAAAGGACUUGCAAGCAGUACAAUCACAAUUGAAAACCAUCAAGGAGCAAGAAUUGGGCAACAGUGCCAUCACGCCUGUCCCGACCCCGGCCGUCACUCCCCGUGCUACUCCCCGUGCCACCCCCAUUUCCACUCCCGGCAAACCCCAACAAGCAACUACUAGUAAGGCAGAAGAACUCUUUCAAAUCUUGGUUAAUUCCGGCUUGGUGAACGUCGAACAAGCCCCAGUCCCUGGCUCAAGACCAGUGUAUAACUUGGUUCAGCCAAAAGCCAAGUUUGUUCCAUCGACAAACCAAAUUCCAUCGAAUAGCACCCUACAGGAAAUAUUAAACUCCAAUUUAUCUAAUUCCAUUUCAAGACUGGUGUACGGAAAGUUGAAGUUUGAUAAACUUAUGGUCGUUAGCAAGCAAAUAAGUGUCAAUUUCCAGGAUUUCUUAAAUACUAACAAUUCUUCCGAUAGCUUGGAAUUGUUGUAUGAUGCCAAAUCGUCCAAAUGUUCAAUCUGUGCAAAGAGAUUCGCCAAUGACCUCGAGGGCUCAACUAAGAAAAGAUUGCAUCUUGACUGGCACUUCAGAAUCAACAAGAAAUUAGCCAACAGCGCCUCGAAAGUUCAAUCCAGAAACUGGUACUUGGAUGACUUUGACUGGGUCAAUUUCAGAGAUGAUGACUUGUUAGAAUUCUCGACGAACACCGGUGCUAUUGGCUUGGAUAACAUUAAGAAGGAAGACCUAGGCAUCAAUGGAUCGGGUAAACCAUCGUUUGUCCAGGUGCCUCCCUCUGACACCAACAUGAACAACAAGUGUCUUGUGUGUCAGGAAAACAUCAAGGCUUCCUACAACGAUGAACUUGGAGAAUGGUGUUGGUUUGACUGUAUUCGUCUUCCGGGUGAAGGACCAGAUAGUCGUAAGAUUAUCCAUGUGGCAUGUUUUAAUGAAGCCAACAAGAAACGUGGUCCUGAUGGUGACUUGAAUGCCAAGGUCAAGAGAGAGAAAAUUUAG